AUGGCUCCUCCAGCUCCCAGAGGUGCCUUGGCCUGGCCGGCCCUGCUCUUCCUGCUGGCCCAGCUCCUCCAGCCUCCCGCCCUGGGCUGUGAGUUGCAGCCUCGGACCCUGGACAAUGUCACUGUCUCCACGCUGUUUGGCCGCUGGUUCUUUGUGGCUGGGGCAUCACCGCUGCCCAGGCACCGGCUGGAGAUGCGGCUCAUCGACAGCGGGGUGCUGCAGGUGUCCCCCUCGGGGACCCAGGACCACCUGGACAUCACCCAGCACCUGAGACUGGGGAACACGUGUUUCUCUGACAACAGCAGCUCCAUCAAGAUCACCCAGGACCACACAACAGUGAUCAGACAAGAGAAGAACCGUCAGGCCAGAGGACAACUUGAAAACAGCACAGAAGAUGUUUUCCUCAUUCGAUACCUGUUGACGUGGAACCAGCUGAACUUCACAGAGUUGUAUCUCUACACUCGCAGCAGGAAUGCAAGCAGGGAACAGCUGGAGGCUUUUGCAGAACUUGUCAAGUGCCUGGGGCUGGAGGAAGAGGAGGCAGUUUAUAACUCAGCAAGAGGGGAGCCAUGUCCCUUGGGGAGAGAGGAGAAGGAAGCAGAUCUUCAGGGAAUCAAGCCUCCACCGGCUGGACCCCAAGUGGAAAACUCCAGGGGGACUAUGGAUCCUCACCUCAAUGCUACCUCAGAUGCUUGGGUGACACGGUGAAGCCACCCACCUUCUCUGGGCCUUACGUUCCUCAGCUACCCCACAUAGAGCAUAACACCAAACCUCCACCCCAGCGGAGCCAGAGGAUGUGAAGCCACCAGAAAGAGGUAUAAUCACACCUGUUGUCCCUGUCGGUGGGGAGUAAAGGGUUUCACCAUC